AUGCAAUUUUACUGGGCUAAUAUAUUACAUGACACGUUUUAUAAAAAGGGAACUCAAAUCACUUUAGAGAGUGGUUGGUUGAAGGGCCAGCGUCACAUGCUGGACCUGGAAAGCUUGUAUUUUGACCAAGGUGGUCUCCUGAUGGCGAAUAAGAAGUGUGACCUUCCAUCUGGCUCCUACAGAACUCACGACAAGGGAUAUGAAGAAGUUCAUGUGCCAGCGGUUUCUAAAAAGGUGGAUGUCAGUGAGAAGCUUGUGAAGAUUGCUGAGAUGCCAGAUUGGGCUCAACCGGCUUUUAAGGGAAUGCAACAGUUGAACAGGGUUCAGAGCAAAGUGUAUGAGACUGCCCUGUUUAAGGCAGAUAACAUACUUCUUUGUGCUCCAACUGGUGCUGGGAAAACCAAUGUUGCCAUGCUCACCAUAGUGCAGCAAAUUAAGCGCAAUAGGAACGAUGAUGGAACAUUUAACCAUGGAAAUUACAAAGUUGUAUAUGUUGCACCCAUGAAAGCGCUUGUUGCUGAGGUUGUCAGUAACCUGUCUAAUCGGCUGAAGGAUUAUGGAGUCACUGUGAGGGAACUCAGUGGGGAUCAGUCCCUUAGUGGGAAAGAAAUUGAGGAGACCCAGAUAAUUGUCACCACUCCAGAGAAGUGGGAUAUCAUCACGAGGAAGUCUGGUGAUCGUACUUAUACCCAGCUUGUGAGACUUCUUAUAAUCGAUGAAAUCCAUCUUCUUCAUGAUAAUCGAGGGCCUGUGCUUGAAAGCAUUGUCGCUAGGACUCUUAGGCAGAUUGAAACCACGAAGGAGAAUAUUCGCUUGGUGGGUUUGUCAGCUACACUGCCAAAUUACGAAGAUGUUGCGUUAUUUUUGCGGGUUGAUCUGAAGAAAGGGUUGUUUAAAUUCGACAGAAGCUACAGACCGGUGCCUCUUCGUCAGCAGUAUAUUGGGAUCAGUGUGAGAAAACCUUUGCAGAGGUUCCAGCUGAUGAAUGAUCUCUGUUAUCAGAAAGUAGUGGCUGGUGCUGGAAAGCAGCAGGUUCUUAUUUUUGUUCAUUCGAGGAAGGAAACCGCAAAAACUGCACAUGCAAUAGUGGAGACCACAAUGGCGAACGAUAAACUCAGCAAAUUCAUGAAAGAAGACAGUGCAAGUCGUGAAGUUCUUCAGAGUCAGAUUGGACUUAUUAAGAAUGGUGAACUGAGAAAACUUCUGCCUUACGGAUUUGCUAUUCAUCAUGCUGGGCUAGCAAGGGGUGAUCGUGAGAUAGUUGAGGCGCUUUUUGGUGAAGGGCAUUUGCAAGUUUUGGUUUCCACAGCAACUCUUGCAUGGGGUGUGAAUUUACCUGCUUACACUGUUAUAAUCAAAGGAACCGAGGUCUAUAAUCCUGAGAAAGGGGCGUGGAUGGAACUUAGUCCGCUUGAUGUUAUGCAGAUGCUUGGUCGUGCUGGAAGACCUCAGUAUGAUCAGAGUGAGGAGAGUAUAAUCAUCACUGGCCACAUCGAGCUUCAGUAUUAUCUGUCUUUGAUGAAUGAGCAGCUACCUAUUGAGAGCUAGUUCAUUUCCAAACUUGCUGAUCAGCUUAACGCUGAAAUUGUUCUCGGAACUGUUCAGAAUGCUAAGGAGGCUUGCCACUGGCUUGGCUAUACCUAUCUCUACAUCCGUAUGGUUCGUAAUCCAACGCUGUAUGGUUUAGCGCCUGAUGCCCUUGUAAAAGACGUAGUCUUGGAGGAAAGAAGAGCUGACCUGAUACAUUAAGCUGCUACCCUUCUGGACAAAAAUAACUUGGUUAAGGAUGUCGAAUCCACCCUCUACAUGUAUGAUAGGAAAAGUGGAUAUUUCCAAGUUACUGAUUUGGGACGGAUUGCUAGCUACUACUAUAUAAGUCAUGGGACCAUAGCUACAUACAAUGAGCAUCUGAAGCCAACGAUGGGUGAUAUUGAUCUUUAUCGUCUGUUCUCACUGAGAGAGGAGUUCAAGUAUGUGUCUGUUCGGCAAGAUGAGAAGAUGGAACUGGCCAAACUUUUGAAUCGUGUCCCAGUUCCGAUCAAGGAAACUCUGGAGGAGUCUAGUGCAAAGAUUAAUGUUCCUCAAGCAUACAUUUCACAGCUAAAGCUUGAGGGUCUUUCUUUGACAUCAGACAUGGUCUAUAUAACUCAGAGCGCUGGACGUCUUGUACGAGCUCUCUAUGAAAUUGUAUUGAAGCGGGGAUGGGCUCAACUUGCUGAGAAAGCUCUGAACUUGUCUAAAAUGGUUGGGAAGAGGAUGUGGAGUGUCCAGACACCUCUUCGUCAGUUUCAUGGAAUUCCCAAUGAGAUUUUGAUGAAGUUGGAGAAGAAGGAUUUGGUGUGGGAGAGGUACUAUGAUCUGUCAUCGCAGGAGCUAGGAGAGCUUAUCCGUAGUCCUAAGAUGGGCAGACCGCUUCACAAGUUCAUCCACCAGUUCCCAAAGUUGGUUCUUGCCGCACAAGUCCAGCCUAUUACUAGAACUGUUCUGCGGGUGGAGCUCACAAUUACACCAGACUUCCAGUGGGACGAAAAGAUUCACAAGUAUGUUGAGCCGUUUUGGAUAACUGUGGAAGACAAUGAUUGUGAGAAGAUCCUUCACCAUGAGUGUUUUCUGUUGAAGAAGCAGUAUAUCAGUGAGGAUCACACUUUAACCUUCACUGUCCCAAUCUUUGAACCGCUGCCACCUCAGUAUUUUGUCAGAGUGGUUUCAGACAAGUGGCUUGGCUCUCAGACUGUGUUGCCUAUAUCUUUUAGACAUCUUGUACUUCCAGAAAAGCACCCACCACCAACAGAGCUACUGGACUUGCUGCCCCUUCCAGUCACUGCCCUUAGGAAUCCGAAUUAUGAGAGCCUCUAUCAGGAUUUCAAGCAUUUCAAUCCGGUGCAGACUCAGGUGUUUACGGUUUUGUAUAAAACUUACGACAAUGUGUUGGUUGCUGCUCCAACCGGAAGUGGGAAGACUAUAUGUGCAGAGUUUGCUAUACUGAAGAAUCAUCAAGAAGUACUUCUAAGGCAGGACGAUGAUGCUACAAUGCGUGUUGUCUAUAUUGCACCGUUAGAGGCUAUUGCUAAGGAGCAGUUUCGCAUCUGGGAGAGGAAGUUUGGGAAGGGUCUUGGUUUAAGGGUUGUUGAGCUGACAGGGGAGACAGCGUUGGAUCUUAAGCUGCUUGAGAAAAGUCAGAUAAUUAUCAGUACUCCUGAGAAAUGGGAUGCUCUUUCCCGCAGGUGGAAACAGAGAAAAUACGUUCAACAGGUUAGUCUUUUCAUUGUCGACGAGCUUCAUCUUAUCGGUGAAGGUCAAGGUGGUACUGUGUUGGAGGUAAUAGUCUCUAGAAUGAGAUAUAUUUCUAGCCAGGGAGAUAAUAAGAUCAGGAUUGUUGCGCUUUCCACUUCUCUUGCAAAUGCGAAAGAUUUGGGGGAGUGGAUUGGGGCCAGUUCCCACGGCCUUUUCAACUUUCCUCCUGGAGUCCGUCCUGUUCCACUGGAGAUCCACAUACAAGGAGUAGAUAUAUCCAGUUUUAAAGCUAGGAUGCAGGCAAUGACCAAGCCAACCUACACCGCCAUAGUCCAGCAUGCCAAGAACAAGAAGCCGGCUAUAGUUUUUGUCCCAACCCGUACACAUGUCCGCUUGACUGCUGUGGAUCUGAUGGCUUACUCUCAAAUGGACAACCCACAGAGUCCUGAUUUCCUGUCAGGGAAGCUAGAAGAACUUGAGCCUUUUGUCAAGAAAAUCAGCGAGGAAACAUUGAAGGAGACACUGCGCCAUGGUGUUGGGUACUUGCACGAGGCUUUAUGCAGUCUGGAUCAGGAGAUAGUGACACAGCUCUUUGAAGCUGAACGGAUUCAGAUUUGUGUGAUGAGCAGUUCAUUUUGUUGGCGCAUUCCAUUAACUGCACAUCUGGUGGUGGUAAUGGGGACGCAGUAUUACGAUGGAAGGGAAAAUUCACAUGCAGAUCACGCGGUCUCUGAUUUGCUUCAGAUGAUAGGGCGUGCUAGCCGACCGUUACUUGACAAUGCUGGGAAGUGUGUAAUAUUCUGUCAUGCACCUCGGAAAGAAUAUUACAAGAAGUUUCUUUAUGAAGCCUUCCCUGGGGAAAGUCAUCUCCAGCAUUUCCUGCAUAAUAAUUUCAACGCAGAAGUGGUUGCUGGGGUUAUAGAGAACAAGCCAGAUGCUGGGGAUUAUCUUACAUGGACUUUUAUGUACAGGAGGCUUCCCCAGAAUCCUAACUACUACAAUCUUCAAGGAGUCAGCCACAGGCAUUUGUCUGAUCACCUAUCAGAGCUGGUUGAGAACACCUUGUCUGAUCUUGAAGCCAGUAAAUGCAUUGAGAUAGAGGAUGAGAUGAACCUCUCUGCUCCGAACCUUGGUAUGAUUGCAUCCAAUUAUUACAUCAGCUACACCACCAUCGAGCGUUUCAGUUCUCUAUUGUCUUCUAAAACCAAGAUGAAGGGACUUCUUGAGAUCUUUACUUCUGCUUCAGAGUAUGACAUGAUCCCUAUAAGGCCUGGCGAAGAGGACAGAGUUCGUAGGCUCAUCAAUCACCAGAGGUUCUCGUUUGAAAACCCAAACUGUACAGAUCCUCAUGUGAAAGCAAACGCUCUUCUUCAGGCUCAUUUCUCGAGGCAGGACAUUAUCACGAACUUGCAAAUUGGUCAGCGUGAGGUCCUUCUAUCAGCAACCAGGCUUCUUCAAGCGAUGGUGGAUGUGAUAUCCAGCAAUGGCUGGCUGAAUCUUGCUCUGUUAGCAAUGGAAGCAAGCCAGAUGGUGACUCGUACUUGGGUUGUGACCAGGAGUACGCCUUCUCUGUUGAUGUUAAAGAAUCCAUGGAAGAAUGAUUCUUGUGCGUUACUGGAUUCUAGAGAGAGUGGUAAAACUGUGACCACAUGGAAGAAUGAUUCUUGUGUUUCAGACUACUUAAAUCUAUUCUUAAGGUUAAUCUCUGAGCGUGAUGGUAGGCUGUUUGCAACUGAUGACCGUUACUGUGUUGAUAAUGGAGCUAUUUUUGCUUACACGGGUCUACUUGCGUUUGUCAACGGUAGUGAGACGGCAGUUCAAGUCUACCUUCACGCAGCGGUUUCGCACUGA